AUGGCCAAGGAGCAUGUGGAACGUGAUUACGCUGUAGUUGGCAGCUGGGAGGACACGAAUAUAACCCUAACCGUUCUCGAGAACUAUAUUCCACGAUUCUUUCGCGGGGCCAAACUCAUGUAUGAAAUGAACAAUAGCAAGAUCACCAAUCGGAACAAGAACAAACGCAAGCCAUUUAUAGAGCCUGAGGUCAAGGAGAUGAUUCGCAAGAAUUUCACCAACGAGUAUGAGUUUUAUUACUUCUGCAAGCAGCGUUUGUACAAACAGUAUUUGGCCCUCAAUCUGAAAGAGUUGGAGAAGCAUGGUCUUUUAAAUUAGUUUCAGUACGACAAAUAGAUAAGAGUAGUAAUAUAUAUGCGAUCAAAACUUCACAUUUCAAUAAAUAGUAGUCAGUAAACAACAGUAGAGUAGACCCACACUUUCUUUACACGUUGAAUCCAUAUCUGUGUCUUGUCGUUUUUUGUUGUGUGACAUGAAUCCCCCUCCCAUGAAGCUUCUAAACCCAUACCCU